AUGAAGGAGGAGGAUCCUGUAGCUAAAACGGAUGCUAAAAAGCCUGCAGACGGCAGCACCGCAGAGCAGGCCACAGGUGAACAGGCCAAGGACGGAGAGGAGGCGAAGGAAAAGAAGGCCGGCGAGGAAGAGGCUGGCGAACAAAAAGAGGGCGAAGAGGGAGAGAAGAAAAAGAAGGAGGACGCCCCCGCACCACCGCCCCACGGCGACAAGACACCAUGGCAGGUCUUCACGGAGACUCUGCAGCAGGAGUUCCAGGCGUCGAAAGAAUGGAACGAGGGAACCAAGGAGCUUUCUGGCUCGAUCCACGAUUUCACCCAGAACCCACAAGUCCAGAAGGCGAAGCAGCUUUCGGAUGAGGCUAAGACCAAGACUGCACAGGCUCUGAAGGCCACUGGACGCGCAGUGGGCUCCGGCGCGGCAUGGACAUGGGACACCAUGCCUGUGAAGGGUGUUCGAGCUGCGACUAGAGUUACAGCGUCUGGUCUCGAAUACGCCACGCGACCUGUACGACAGACAAAGGCUUUCCAGGCAGUCAAGGAAACCAUCGACGAUGGCAGCUCAUCGAGAUACGGUGGCUGGGUUGAGAAGGAGGAGCGCAGGAAGCGAAGAGAGCUUCGGGAGCUCAAUGAGCUCCAAAGGACUGGCGGCAAACCCACCGGACCCAUGGAGGAGGACCCUGAAGACAACUCCAAGCUCGCCCAGGGUUUCUUCAGCAUGAAGAGCGUCUACAACGAGUCCGACAACGCAAUUAUCCAGACUGCUCGUAGUAUUUCCGACCGCAUCACAGGUUUCUUUGCCGAGAACGAGACCGCCAUGGUCAUCAAGAGGUUCCGUGAGAUGGACCCCAACUUCCAGAUGGAGCCUUUCCUCACCGAGAUGCGCGAAUACAUCCUCCCAGAAGUUUUGGACGCUUACGUAAAGGGUGACAUCGAGGUGCUGAAGCAGUGGCUGUCCGCGGCCCAGUACUCGGUGUACGCGGCGUUGAUGCAGCAAUACCAAGCUGCUGGACUCAAGUCUGACGGCAAGAUCGUCGACAUUCGAGGCGUCGACGUCCUGAAUGCUAAGCUGCUCGAGCCCGGUGAAAUUCCAGUCUUCAUCCUUACCUGUAGGACCCAGGAGGUCCACGUCUACAAGAACGCCAAGUCUGGAGAGCUGGCAUCCGGCAUGGACGACAAGGUCCAGCAAGUCACAUACGCCAUCGGUGUCACCAGGAUACCCGAGGACGUCAACAACCCCGAAACACGCGGGUGGAGACUGAUUGAACUUCAGAAGAGCGCAAGGGAUUACUAUUGA